AUGGAAUAAACUAGGAAUGAUUAGGACUUCUCUCCAUCUACAGAUAAUGAAAGCGUUUCCAGUUUACCACUACAGAUGUCCCUCUAUUUCAACGUGUAUUUUUUCCCGUUUUGGUGGCUCAGCACAGUUGUCAUGCUCCAUCUGAAGUAUCCCGUCUUGUCAGAUUACUACAAGUUCAUCCUGGUCACAAUCAUGAUCCUAACCUCUCUAAUAGAGGUCAUUCGACUCUACCUGGGAUACAUGGGCAAUCUGCAGGAGAAGGUUCCUGAGCUGGCUGGGUUUUGGCUCCUGAGUCUCCUCCUGCAGCUGCCUAUAAUUCUCUUCUUGCUAUUUAAUGAAGGUCUGAGAAUUCAGCCACUGGAGCGAGCAGUCCACAUCGUCUUUGCCUUUUUCCUCACCUUUGAAGUCAUUGCAGCCUUUGUCACCCUGAAAAGAAUGGUAAACAAACUGGCAACUCACUUCCGCCGUAAUGAAUUUAACCAGCUGGAGGAACGGCCUGUGUCUGAUUUUUACAGUCUGGGUAAAGAAGAGAGAGCAGUUUCCAUGGCUG